UAACGGUGAAUAAGCGGAACACACCCGUUUGCUCGACGGAAUUUUCGGAAUCGAUUACUCAAUCGUCUAAUCGGGUAACUCGGAUUGGUCGUUGUGGCGUGACGGCGCAGAAGACCGAACGAACAGAUGCCAUCGAACGAAAUACAUUCUUAAAAGGAAAUAAAAAUCGAUUGAUCGAUCAUUUAGAAUAACUCGAAGUUCUUAGCUGAAGAAUGUUCUUGCCGGCGUGACGGGAGGCUGUGCAAACUCGCGAUAGAUCGAUCGUUGAUCUGACAUCGGGCUUGUGACCGCGCAUCGAAAGAACGGUAUUUUAAUAGAAGUCAAGCCGAUGUGAAUCGUACUUUUUACGACUGCUACUGCGUUUGGCGCAACGUGAAUGACCCCGGUGAAUCAAGUGAACCGAAGAACCAGUUUUAAUAUCAAUUUCUCUUCAACAACGAGAUGCAAACUGCACGAAAUAAUCCCUGAUUCAUUGGAGCAAUUAAAUGCAGUGGCACGAAAGCGCAGGGCAAACGAUUCUUACGUUACGAUACAAUACAUGAAGAGACAUUCCCAUCAAAACAGCCCACACUUUCGGGGUUGAAGUAUCGAAGCCCGAAGUUUAAAUUUUCGUGAGUACAGAACAAGAGCUCGCAACGAAGAAUGCAUUCCGGUGUUAAUCUAGUCGUAAUCUUAUUGACCCUCGGUUAUUUGGUGAAUGGGCUGGACUCAUCGCACCCGGAAAUCUGGAAAAGUAGAACCCAAGACUUGUUACCACUGCCCUCUCAUUUAUUCGGCUCCGGAAGUCGUGAGAAUAUUUCACGAAAGCUCAAGCGUCCCAAUUCAACGAAAAUACAUCAGUCUCCCGACACCAAUGCCAGCUCGAUCAGGGACAAACUUAUCUCGUUGAAUGGAACCAUCAAACUUCAUACAAAUAAGGAAAAAAAUGCUGUUGCCAUUGCGAAAACGAAUAAGCUGGCGCUUAUUCACGAUCUGAACGCAAAGCCCAAAAUCCACUUGGAAAGACGAGAUAAAAAAAAAAAAAACAAGAUAAAAAGGAGUCGCGUGCUUAUGGCUCUGUUGCUCGCCUACAAGCUCAAAUUCGCCGCUCUAAUCCCUACGAUAGUAGGGGGUCUGGCCCUUCUGGUAUCGACAACAGCCCUCGCUGGAUUCUUCUUUGCCUUAUUCGCCGCGGUGCUUGGUCUCAAGGGUCACUGAUGAUCCUCGGAUACAUCGAACGAUCGUCCAGA